AUGUUAAGACAAUCAGAAUCGUAAGAGCAAGUGAACAUCUGUCUUAGAGAGUUGGAUCAAUGGAUAGAAGUAAAAUAAACUCCAAUCUAAUAGAUAUCCUACACUAAAAUCGAUGAUGCCAUUGCUUCUUUUGAAGAUCUGCUUCAUCCUUUGGAACCGACACAAAGUAAGCAACAACUCCUUCCAGAUCGAGCACCUUAAACUAACCCUUUCAAAGUUCAAUUAAAGUUGGAAGACAUUAUCAUUCAUCAAAUGAAUGAUAUUCAAAAAAUUAAAAAUUAGAUACACAAUCGCAGCAAGUAAACGAGGAAGACAACACAAUCUAAUAUUCCUACAACCAACAAUUAAUGUUUUUUUAUAAUUUUGCUUGAUUUGCUUAUGUACUUCACUUUGUUGCUUAAUUAUUGCUGA